AGUUCCAGAUGUGCACAUUUCCUUUAACAUUGAUUCUGUGAGUGGGACAACGAUCACCUCAACCGAUGGCCUUCUCAGUGGAACACUUUGGUCUUCUCCUUACUUCGUAUCAGGUAAGGUAGGAAAGACCAUAUCAUUUGACGGAACUGGACAGAUGAUCGAUUUUGGAAAUCAGCGCGCUACCUGCUUUGGAAAUCUUGACAAUUGUGUCAAUGGACACAGCAUGGUAUUUUGGUUUUAUCACACACCAACUAUAUCCACAUACUAUUACUAUAUAUCAUCAGGUGGACAACCUAACGGUGGAACUAGCCAUGGAAUAGCGGUCCGGAUUAAUGCGGAUGACACUCUUGGUUUCUACCAUGCAACAACAGCGAAUAAACAAUGGGACACUACGGUGAACAAUAUUGCUACCAACACAUGGUAUCACAUAAGCGUAACGUGGAGCACAACUGGCGGACAGAAUGUGUACAUAAAUGGCAUACUCAAAGCGUCAAACACCAACCCAUAUACCAGAAUUAAUUCACCAACAUCAUACAACAACUUCAAACUCGGAGUCCCAAACAACUACAAUGGGUUAUAUGCAAAAGGAAUGCUGGAUGAAUUCCGUUUCUACGAGGUAGAACUAAGUUCUUCUGAUAUAGCCGCGAUAUAUUCAGUCGAUAACAUUUGAUUUAUGAUAAGCAUUUUAAAAGGCAUUGUGUAUAGUUUUCAUGAUUAUCAUGUACAAUGGACAUAGUCACUCACGAGACAGGCAAGUGCUGCGUAAAA